CAAGCCCUGGGUUUAUCUCGGUCUACAGCAGGUGGCAGCAUCACCGUUUACAGGUUCAGGUCGUGGUUCAGGUUAGGAGGACCUUGGCGCCAUGUUGUGUUGAUCGACUGUUGCUGGGCAACCCAUGAAACGACAUGACCGAGUUGCACCAAGCUGCAGCAGCAGGCGACUUUGACCAGGUUGAGGAGAUUCUGAGGCAAAAUAAAUGCGAUCCCAACCAGAGAGACAUCGACUGGAGCCACAAGACACCUCUUCACUGGGCAGCGGCUAAAGGACAUACAGAAACAGUCAGGAUCCUCAUUGAGCACGGAGCUAGGCCGUGUCUGAGGACGGAGCAUGGAUGGACUCCAGCCCACCUCGCCGCAGAGUCCGGCCGGCUGGCCGUGCUGCGGCUGCUGCACUCCCUCCACGCUCCUAUGGACAAGGAGGACUGCUGUGGAGACAAACCAGUGCGGAUAGCGGAAAUAUAUGGACAUCAUGACUGCGUUCGAUUCCUUAAAAAAGCAGAGGCUGAGUGCCAGGCCUACCGCAAGAUGGCAGCCCAAAAAGGGAUUUCAAUGGACGACACAGACGAGGAGUGGGAAGAGCAGGGAAAAGAGAACGAAGAAAACAGGAUCUCUAAAUGCAACAUCCAGAUGUAGGCCUGAAUCACCUUCACACAACAAAGCAUAAACAAGUGUUACAUCCUUUGAGCUUUUCAGCUGAGAGAUUUGCUGUGGCUUCCCAGUGCAAUUUAAAAUAUGUAUAUUUGUAUGUAUAACAAACAGUAAAUCAUCAUACAGUGAAUUUAACCCCCCCCCCCAGUCAUAAACCAAAACAAACAACAAAACAAAACAAAAAUAGUCACAUCAGAGAGUAACUGUAGCUUACUCUCUUAUCAGUGGUUUUAUGUGUAAAAUGUAGUUUGCUUUGAGUUAAAAGUGCAAAUGUUAGAGACGAUUUUCACUUCUUCCACGUUGACUCUAACUUUGUGGUGCUGUCACUGAUGGAUGCCGGAGCCUGGAGAGUAAAGGAGAGGGAUGUGUAAAAUUAAUCAGUAGUCACUGCGGUGUUUUACAUGUGAGUAAACUCAGUCGUAGCGCACUUACACUUUUCUUGAGACGUUUCAGCAGCGCUUCACGGGUCUGUCAACAUUGGAUUAAAACACUUUUAAUGAUGCUGUACCACCCAUUUGUUGUUGAGGACAUUUCUUAUCACACAUUUAACUCAUUAAAAAAGAGGAAACAAAA